AUGUAUGUUCACGAAGAGCAUGUACGCAACGAUGUGGUCAAGAAGUGGCUUCGACGCCGGUGCUGUAACACCGAGGCCACUGACAAAGCAGAGCCUACUCAAGUAGUUCAUGCAGUUGGCGACAAUCUAUCAGGAGAAAGCAGCGAACGGGAGCCACGCAGCCUCGCUUUCGAGAGGCGAGGGAUAAGUGAUGUUGCAGCAGACCUUAUCCGAGCUGUUCAGGAGGAGGAGAUUUCCACCACAGAAUCAAUGCACUCAGUCCCCAUUGGUGCUGCCGGUGCCGGUGGUUCAUUCUCCCGCAUUGCUGUCAGUGACUUACUCGACUAUUCUCGUGUGGAGGAAUGGUUGGGAUCUUGUUAUAAAGUCGCUAUUCGAGGUUUGGAUGCUGAGCUUGAGUUAUAUGAGCUUCUUGACUUAGAUGCCGAGGGAAUUGAUGAUCCAGACUUUCCUCAAGUUGAUGAUGUUCUUGACAAGUAG